GUUUUUUACUUUUCCACUAACAGUUUUGUUUUGAAAGUUAAUAAUUCAAAUAAUUAAUUAAUUUUGUUGAUUUCUUAGUUAUUUUCCGGGACGUAUAUGAGUUAUUUGUGCUGUACGUUGUAAUUGUGAACUGAUAGUGUAAAUUGUGCAUGAAAUUCAAGACCUCGAAACGAAUAACUUUGGCAAAUAAAGGUUAUAUCAAACAAAAUGCGAGGUUAUGUCAUGUCUGACUCGUGAGCAGUGUUGAAUUUUUAUUUAAAUCCGCAAAACUUAUCGUAAUUAAAAGAAAAUGUGGUACAAACACUUGGGACCCCACCUAAAAUCACUCACGCCGUUUAACAAAAUCCUCCGACAAGCCUCCCAAGCCGUUCCAAGAAAAGUAAUAACCGAAAACAACGACUUAAACGUAUUUAAAGUCGGCCACAAACUGCACGGCUUUUUGGUAAAGGAUGUGCGUGAAAUUUCCGAAUUCCGGCUCACGGCCAUUUACCUCAUCCACGAGCAAACGCAAGCGGCGUAUCUCCACUUGUACCGAAACGACAACAAUAACGCAUUUGGAAUUCAGUUUCGGACCACGCCGAUGAACAGCACGGGCUUGCCCCACAUUUUGGAACACACGGUUCUGUGUGGGUCGAAGCAGUUCCCAGUGAGGGACCCCUUCUUCAAAAUGCUAAACCGCUCACUUGCCACUUUCAUGAACGCCUUCACCGGCUCGGAUUACACUGUUUACCCCUUCAGCACGCAAAACUUAAGCGACUAUCGCAACUUGCAAAAGAUUUACUUAGACGCGGCUUUUCGUCCGAAUUUGAAAGAACUCGAUUUCAUGCAAGAGGGGUGGAGGCUUGAAAACGUCAAUCCGAACGACAACUCCACCCCUUUGAUCAUAAAAGGGGUAGUUUACAACGAAAUGAAAGGGGCGUUUUCCGAAAACGACAAUCUCCUGUUACAAAAAAUGCAAAAUCUCAUUUUGCCCGACCACACUUAUGGGGUUAUUUCGGGGGGCGAUCCCAUGGAAAUUCCGAACUUGACGUGGGACGAUUUGAAGGAGUUUCACAAGAGACAUUACCAUCCCAGUAACUGUAAAUUUUAUUCUUACGGGAAUUUUCCAUUAUCGCCAUCUUUGGAUUACAUAAACAAGGAGUAUUUAUCGCAAUACAAGUAUGAACCAAUGAACCACACAGCUGUGCCUAGACAAGCCCGCUGGAGCGCCCCUAGGCGCGAACAUAUCAAUUCACGUUUCGAAAAUAUGAAAGAACCUCUCGAAAGGCAAAACACGGUUUCUAUUUCGAUUCUUUUGUCCGACAUUACCGAAAUUUACGAUACGUUUUUGAUGAAUUUCGUUGCGGAAUUGCUGAUAAAAGGCCCGAAUUCGCCCUUUUAUAAAUCGAUGAUUGAGCCGAAUUUUUCGGGAGGUUUUACUCCAUCAACUGGCUACGAUACUCAGCCUCGGGACAGUAUCUUCACUGUCGGUCUUCAAGGCUUGAAGAAGGAAGAUUUUGAUAAAGUCGUCGGGUUAUUUGAUAGUACUUUAGACCAAGUCGUAAAUAACGGAUUUGACCAGAAACACAUCGACUCUGUUCUACAUCGUUACGAACUUUCGAUAAAACACGAAACUUCCAAUUUUGGUCUCAAUUUGAUCGUUGGGCUGACGCCGACGUGGAAUCACAACGGUGAUAUUUUGACAGCGUUACAAGUUAAUAAGAUGAUCGAUAAGUUGCGGAAAGAAAUGAAGCAAGACAGUCACUACUUGCAAAACAUCGUCAAGCAGUACUUUAAAGAUAAUAAUCACCGGUUGGUUUUGACAAUGUCGCCUGAUAUGGACUACGAGAAGAAGCAACAAGCGCAGGAGCAAGAACUGAUCAAGAAGAAGACUGAAACGUUGACCGAUAGCGACAAAGAGGUGCUUUUCAAGAAAUGUCUGGAGUUGCAAAAGUUCCAAAACCAGCAGCAAAACACCGACAUUUUACCGACUUUACUCAUUGAAGACAUUAGCAACGAAGUUGAGAAAAUUCCCCGGGAAAAAGUCACGAUUAACUCAGUCCCUGUACAAAUCAACAAAGUCAAUUCUAACGGAAUCGUCUACUUCAAGGCGCUUCUAAGCACCGUGGAACUCUCCCCCGAGCAGCAAAUGCUACUGCCUCUAUUUUGUUACGUCAUCAAUAAACUGGGGACCGAUAAGUUGAAUUACCGCGAAUUUGAUAAUUUCAUGAAUCGACGAACGGCCGGCUUAAACCUUGAGCCGUUUAUUGCAGAAAGUUUGUUUCAAUUACACAAUUACGAACCUUCGAUUAAAAUUUCAAGCUAUUGCCUGGAAAAAAAUGCUGACGCAAUGUGGGAAUUGUGGUCGCAAAUUUUCAACAUCACCAAGCUUCGUGAUGUUGAAAGGUUUCAAAUGUUGACUCAACUUUACAUGACUGAUUUAACAAACGGCGUAGCCGAUUCCGGACAUAUUUACGCAAUGCAAGCCUCUGCAGCUCUUGUAUCCGGAACUGCAUAUCAAAGGGAACUGCUCUUAGGACUCCAGCACAUGCAAUAUAUGAAGAGGUUGAUGGGAACUUCGCACUAUAAGGCCGUCUUGGAUGAGAUUCUCAACAUCGCUAAGAUUAUUUUCAGCAAAAAUAACAUGAGGUGCGCGUUUAACAUUUCCCAAGAAAACCAGUCAAAAAUAAUGAAAACGUUCGCCAACUUUACUAAACAAAUUCCCGAGAGUGCCACAAAGCCCUCGCAGGACCGCAGCUACGUCGAGGGAAAAGUUUGGGCUCCUGUCAAUGCUGUAAACUGCCAGCACCACGUCUUGAACGUCCCUGUGAAUUACUGCAGUAAGGCUAUACUCACGUCCCCUUACAACAACAAGGACUACGCGAGGUUGAGGGUGUUGGCGCGGCUUAUUUCCGCCAAAUACCUCCACCCGGAGCUGAGAGAGAGACAGGGGGCUUACGGCGGCGGCGCCCGAAUGACGAACGACGGCGUUUUCGUCUUUUACAGCUACCGUGACCCUAGGAAUUUGCAAACUUUGGACGUUUUUGACAACACCUACAAGUGGCUGCAGGAGAAUUUGGAUAAAGUGACUCCGCAAGAAAUCCUCGAGUCGAAGUUGGGGGUGUUUCAGGCCGUCGAUGCGCCGGUUCCGCCGAGUCAAAAAGGCUGUGAUGAGUUCCAGAGGAGGCUCACGCCGGAUGUGCUACAAAGACACAGAGCGGAAAUAAUGUCGGUUGAUAAGAACGCGUUGAUAAGUGUGACGGAGAAGUAUUUAGUCGAGGGUGAUCCAACGAUGAGUGGAAAAGUCGUAUUGGGGCCAAAGAGUGAUAAAUUUGAUACAAGUAGUAGGUCUAGCGAAAUGUGGACAGUUAUGGAAAAUGAGUGAAAUUUCAUGUACUUGUUAAUUGUUCAAUAAAUUCUGCUUUGUUGUA